UACAAGUAUUAAAGAAAAUACUGUAAAUAAUAUCUAUAUAUCUAUGUUCUUUUUGUUAUGAGGUGGGAUAGACACAGAAAAAAAUAUAGGAGUGGAGAGAAAAAAAGCUGAGGAAAAAGAUAAGACAUAUAUGGAUACACAAAGAUUACCCAAGAAAGAAGAAGAUGAUUAUCAACCUUCUUCAACCAUCGAGUCCAUAAAUGCUUUCUCUCGAGAAGACCGACACAACUACUCUAUGGAUGAUUUUGACAGCAUUUUCGACCUCAACCUUGACGGUUCAAAAUGCUCUCAAGAACUCACCUGGGAUUUCUUUAAAGAAGAUGAAGAUGUAGAGGAAGAAGAAAAAAGAUUGAGUACUGAUCAAGAAGGCUCAAGUUCUGGUGUUUGGGAUAAUAAUAUGUCGACGGAUUAUGAAGACAAAGAGUUGGGUCUGAAGCUGAACUUGAACCAUCAAGAAGUUAUUAAUGCUUGGUCUGAUCGCCCCCAGCAACCUCUGUGGACAAACACUUCACUGCUAAGGGGUCCGGCCAAUGCCCUUUAUAGUGGGGAAGUACCGGUGAUGGAUGAAGGGAGAAACACGAGAAGAGAAGCGAGUGUGUUAAGAUACAAAGAGAAGAGACAAAGUAGGCUCUUCUCUAAGAAGAUAAGGUAUCAAGUCCGAAAGCUCAACGCCGAUAAACGACCUCGUUUCAAGGGUCGGUUCGUGAGAAGGGAAACUUAAAAUGGAAAAGAAAAUAUCUGGAAGAAAAAUAUCUCCAAUCUUCGAUAUGUUUUUUUAGUAGUACUAUUAUUAUGAAGAUUUUUAUUUCAUAUGUAUUUGUGCUUUUUGAGAUAUCAUUAUCGUCUUUUACAACUUUGUCACAUUUUAAACGAAAAUAUCACCUCGGCGAAAAGAAAAGGAGAUGCAAAAUAUCUUAUAAAGCAAAGGAGUUGAAGAUUACAUGAAGAGGACGUUUAUGGUAAGUCUUUGUUGAGUUUGGUGGGGCCUAAGUCUAAAAAUGUUCCAUCACCACAUGUUUGAAUCCAAAACUACUCACUCCUUUGUCUGGGCCACUGUACCAAACUGUGUAUCAACAGCAUAAACUUCAUAUUACUGUCAGUGAAUGACAAUGCUAUUCUAUUGAAGCGCCCAGUUAAUGGUAUUGUAAAAAACUAUGUAUUUUCCAUUAAGAAAUUUAAACUAAAAUUCAUGGA